UCUAAUUGACAGUUACAUAGACGUCAAUUUUCUUCGCAACAAAAUUAUUUCAAUACUUAUUUGUAGCUAUGGGGGAAGGGAUAAUAGGAAUGAGCUGUGAACAUAGUUAUGAUAAUUACUAUUAGUUAUGUAGAUUAUCAAACCUAGCUCUCUAUUGUUUGUUGUGGCAAGUUCACAGGUGUAAUGUAAAAACUUAGCCGCCAUCACGUUUUCCCACGGAAUGCAAAGAAAGUCGUGAAAGGUAAAAAGUUGAAGUUUGAAAUAGUGUUUUGAUCGUCAGUGCUCAUCAGUGCCUUAUAUUGCUGCCAUCAUCUUUUAUAUAAGAAGAAAAUAAUAAGUUAUGUUAAUAUAAUUCAAUCGACGUCGUUAACUGCAUUGAAAAUUGAAUAAUUUAUUACGUGCUAUGUCGGGGUUUCAAGCUAGUGAUACUAUGCCCAAACUGGGCCAUGUGACGGACCUGCGUGAGCAGUGGCUGGUGCGAGCUGACGGCGCAUUGGCGCACCGACUACAGGAUCGCGAAAUAUCAUCACAUCUAUGCGAGAACAGAUACCGCAAUCAGCAGAUUCGUGAGGACUUCCCUCUUGCAUUAAAUGAACAGAGGGGCAUUGACCAUGAGCUCCAUAUGCGAGAGGCGUCACGCGUUCGUCAGGCUGAGAUCGACGCGGAAAUAGCUCGAGAGAUUGCAGAGAUCAAUCUUCGCAGGCAACGCCGUCAACAUUCUGAACUACUGCAACAGCCGAGCUCAUCUAGAGCAGCGCCUCCUGCGCCCUUACCCGAGGACAAUGACCUUGACCCUGCACAGCUGGGGUUAUCUCCCAUUGAGCUAGAAGAAAUGAGAAAACGGUUGGAACAAGAAGAACGAGAUGCCAGGUUGGCCAGGGAACUGAGCCAUGAAGUCCAAGACCAAGAUGCCUUGCUAGCUGACAUGAGGUGUGCUGUUGAGGUACAGGAUGGUGAGCUGGCAAGGCUUCUGCAGGAACGGGAGUAUAAAAAGCUGCAGAGAGCAAAAGAGAAAGCCAGGCAGAAGGCACUGUUGAAGAAACAGCAACGUUUGGCCCAGCAGAGAGAGAGCGAACCACUACCUCAAACUCCACAAGCGACCCUGUGUGAUGCAUAUAGUAACCCACGUGACAUGAUCCGUGACAACAGGCUGCGAUUAUGCAAAUCUGUUGACUCCGAUUUGAACUAUGUUGAACCCUUUGAAAAAGAACAUAUACAGUCUAAAGCCAGUGCUUUGCAGUCAAAGGAGAUUUCUAAUCAGUACUUCUCACAAGAACCUGGUACAUCUAAUAGUGCAUCUUAUAAGCAUGCUCAAUCAGAUUUUAUUAGAGAGAGUUCACCAAGUGUUAAUGUGUCUUCAUUGCAAUACAGACAACCACCUCCUCCACCAACAAUGGGGAAGAAACCCAGAUUCCCUGACCCAGUGAGCAUCAGGCCAGCAUCCCACUAUUCCACUGAGAAUGCAACACCAGUUAAUGAUAUUCCACCGAGUCCUCCAGACGUGUCGAGUAUACCACAUAGUUACAGUGAAAAUAACAAUUUGUAUAGUUCCACCUUCCCAAUGGAUAAUGGCAGCACGACAGCACAGCGUUUGAACCAUGAUGGCAGAGUGGACAACUCCAAAAGAUUGUCAGUUAUAUCUGAUAUAACUGCUGAAGGCUUAGCCAAGAAAAAAAGUAAACAAGACAUGCAUAAAAAACGAAAGGGCUGUAAAAUACAGUAAAUAAUUUAACCUAAAUAAUAGUAGCAGCUAAAGUUUAGUUCUAAAUUAGUUUAAGUUACUUAAACAAAAUAUCCAGUUAUCUGUACUGAAGUAAAUUUUAGGUAUUACUGUUUUGUCAUAGGUACUUAAUAAUUAUUCUCAGUCAUUUUUAUAGUUAGCAAUAUAAGAUUAAAAUAAACCUUGGAGAAACUAUGUUCAGAUUGAAAAAUCCAUAAGAUAAAUAUUUUUUUGUUGAGUCAAAACUAUGACAAAAUUUGAAAUUAAUUUGAUUUACAGAUGAAUAUAAAACUCUACAAAAAUUAAUUAAAUGCUCAAAAGAUUAUAAAUUUUAUUUAUUUAUUUAAUAAAUAUAAUAAAAUCUAUGAUCCCAAGCUGGUUGGUCACUUUUGACUACCAUCCUCCAAAAAAAAAUAAAAAAUCAUAGAUACCUUUAAAUUACUUACUGUAAGAUAUAAUUUAUUCCAUAUAUGUAGUUUGCAGAAGUACCUGCAUGAACCAAUGAGCCAUUUUUAUAAUUCUAAGGUCUUUGCGUGCCUUAUUAUAGAAGUAAGAUGCUAUAUUAUAUGACAUUACAUUCCAGUUUGUGAUUGGUCAAUUGUUAAAUUUAUAAAUUUGAUAUUUAAGGAAACAAUAAUUAUUAUCAAUUAUUUAUAUGUUUAUAUAUAACAAUGUGAAUUAACAUGACAAUAUUUCAAAUGAGAAAUUAACUACAAAUUCAUAUUUGAAAUUUUACUUCAGUCCCAGUACAAUAGACUUGAAAUAUUAUCUUUAUUAUCCUGAGUUCUAGGUGUAGAUAUAAUUAAUGUUUUGACUACACCUAGCUAAUUUAUCAAAGAAAUAUUUUCAUCUCUAUACCACCUUUGUGGUAUUUAUCUGACGGAAAAAAUCUAUCUUCCUAUAUUUUUCUGUAUAAAUUAAAAAACUAAACAAGAUGAGGAAAUUGAAAUCUCUUAAAAAGAUGAUUUAAGAUUAACUAUAUUAUAUUUACCUAAUGAAGGAAAUUGUUCUCGAAUUUUCUUUUUAAUGUUUAUAUAUAUUACAAAAGACAAGGCAGUAUGGAUGUUUAAAUAAAAAAUAAAAAAAAUCAACUGCCUACAUUAACAAUAGCAAAUAAACAUAUACAACAUUUUAUACAACUUAAAUAUAUAUAUAUAUAUUUGCUCUACAAAACCAAAAAACUGAAUACUUACCACUAGUGUGAAAUUAAACUGUGCAUUUGAAGAUUAUUGACUAGAAUGCAAAUUUGCAUAUUUUUUUUUAUACUAAUUGUAUUACUCAAUAUUCUAAAUAAAAUAAUAUGUUAGGUGUAAUCUCACUAUAUUGUAACACUGCUCAAUUUAAUAAUUCCACACAUAUAUAUUUUGUACUUAAUCUAAACUCUAAGACUGAUGUUAAGUUAACCUUUUUUUUUAGAUGUUACUAUUGGGAUUUAUUUCGUAUUUUCUUUUUUUUUUUUUAAUGGUCCCCAAGUGGUGCUUGAAAAACUUAUUAAAAAUUAGUUAAUUAGAUACGUAUGUUAAUUUCAACUUUCAUUUUACUUUAUUGUAAUGAUUGAAAUGAUUUCACAUUUACAUAUAAUAUGGUGAUGUGUAUAUAAAAUAUUUGCUUACAUGGGUAAUGAAGUGGCCGCGGUAAUAGAAACUACACCUUACUUUCCCUUUUAAUAAUGUUUACAUCGCAUCCACACGAUGGCAAAUCUAUAUUCUUUAAGUGUGUAGUCAUAACGCAUAACUUUAAAAAAGUUGUUUCUAAUAUAUAUAUUUAAAAAAAUAUAUGUAUUUAACUAAGUAAAGAUAAUUUGUCAGUAGUAUUUUAAAAUUAUUUCAAUUAAUAUAUUAAUAUACAAGUGAUUGGUGAUUCUCUGUUAUAUAUUAUUAUUAUUAUUAGAAUAUAUAUAUAUAUAUAUAUAUAUAUAUAUAUAUAUCUGAGUAUACGCAAUUUUACUACACAAUUGCAUAUAAAUACAUUUAUUAAAAAGUUUUUUUCUUACAUAUUUUUUAUGGAUACUAUUUAAGUACUUACAUAAAAAUUAUAUACACAAAUCUUUAAUGCAAAUUGACGAUUCAAUUAUUAUAAAAACACAUAAUUUUAUUAAAAUAUUUUAUAAGAUAUUAUAUUAAAAUAGUUGUAAGUAAUAAGCUUUAAUGCAAUGUAUGGCCUUUAUCGUGCCUUAAUGGAACGGAACCAAACUCGAAUUAUUUAUGUUACAUUUAAUUUUUCGCAAUUACAGUUGAUUAGAUUAUGAA